AUCAACUCUCUUGGAGGGGUGACGCCUGAAUAGGCCAGCAACUGACUUUGUUGUUUGCUGUGCCUUCCCAGUGGAAACCCUCCUCCCUUACGCUUAUUUUUUCUCAGCUUUGUCCUCUGAAUUGAGAAAACACGAGAGAUUCUUACUUAUUUUCAAUUAAAAAGAACGGGAUAAUCUUUUUAAUAUCUUCAAUCAAUUAAAGGAAGCUAAACAAAAUGGAGGACGCCCAACUGUACGUGUCUGCCAACGCCAUGCAGCGACGAGAUGCACUGCUGGUCCUGAGCGAGUACCUGCCGCAGAUGUCCUGGCGGGAGGAGGGCGAAGCUGUCCUGGACGUGGGCUGUGGCUCAGGAGACGUGACUCGCAACCUCUUGAUGCCUUUGCUGCCACGCGUGGAGCAAGUGGUCGGCGUCGACGUUUCAAGAGACAUGGUGAACUUUGCUUCUAAGACAUUCGAACACAAUUCUCUCUCCUUCCAUCAUCUGGAUAUUGAACGAGCCGUGCAGCCGCGACAGGCAUUUCCUGAUGGCUUCAGUAAGGUGUUUUCCCUCUACUGCCUACACUGGGUUAAGGAUCAAGAAAGGUGUUUGAACAACAUUUACCAGUUGCUUCAGCCCGGAGGAGAAACUCUGUUGGUUUUCCUCGCACGUAAUCCUUUGUUUACCAUGUACGAGAAUAUGAGCAUGAAGGACCGCUGGCAACCCUACAUGCAGGACGUGAGCAACUUCGUGUCGGUGUUCCAGCACAAGAACGAUCCCGCCCAAAUAAUGGCUGACCUGGCCGAGGAGGUUGGCUUUGAGGUGCUGUCCUGCGAGGCGCCGACAUUUGAAUUUGUCUUCGAAAACAUAAACUACUUGAAGAACGCCAUCAAGGCCGUGAACCCAUUCCUGAAGCGUGUGCCUUGUGAAGAGCAGGAUGCCUUUCUCUUGGACUGCCUUGAUGAGCUGGCUCGCCUUAAGACACAACGCAGCGAUGGUAAAAUGGUUGCCCGCUACUCACUCAUGGUGGCUCACUUGCACCGCGUCGAGUGAUGGAUAGUGUGCUGGUAAAAGACUGGUCAUAUUUCCCUUAUAACAGUUUAUCCAUCCUGACAUCCUCCCCCUCCCCACCCCCAUGACUGAUCCCUGUGAAUAUAUUCCCCUUGCGACAUUCGCCCCUGACAGAUUCCCUUUUAGACAUUUCCCUUCAUGAUAUAUAAUUCCUUCCUCUCGGACAGAUUCCUCAUAGACAUUUUCCCUCUGACAGAUUUCCCCUUGGAUAUAUUCUGGUCCAGAAAUUCAUCCCGUUGUAGAUUCCAUCCUGGACAUUUUCCUCUGUCAUACACCACGUUACCGAUUCCACCAUAGAUAUUUCCGUCUAAACAUUUCCUCCAGGAGACUUUAACUCCCGUAAAGUAUGAAGUGGAUAUGUCCAUAUGUCUAUAUGGAUAUGUUCAACGGAGAAAAAUUAAAGCGGGAAAUUUUCAAGGAAGAAAUGCUGGAUUGGUCAAUGAUGAAAUGUUCAUGGGAGAAAUUAAUUUAGUGGGAAUUUUUAAGGGGAGAAAAGGUCUAGGGGGUAAUUGUCAUGGAGGAAUGUCUGGAAAGAGAAAUAUCUAUGGAGAGGUAAAGCAGUGUCCCGGGGAGAGAAGGUCCGGAGAGGUAAAUGCCCUACAUUAGUGUAGCAAUAGUGUAGCCCUGAGAUGGUUGUGUGGAAAAUUCCCAAUGAUUGAUGAGUGUCCUAGGUGUUGAUGUGCCUUCAAAUGUUACGUGAUAAUGUCUCCUUAAAUGUUUUCUAAUAAGGUACCCGGGAAUUUUAUGUGAUGGUGUCCCUAUAGAUGUUUGUUGUAGAAGUAAUGUAACGGUGUCCCUGAUAUUAUUUUGCGAUAGUGUUCCUUUGAAUGUUAUGUGAUGGUGUACAUGGGAAUAUGUGAUGGUGUACCUGGGAAUGGCAUAUAAUGGGGUCUCUGGAAAUGUUGUGUGAUAGUAUUGCGGAGAUGGAAAUGUCACAUGAUGGUGUCCCCGGAAAUGAGAUGUUAUAGUGUCCCAAAGUGGUUGCUAUGUUAUCCCUGAGACGGUUUUCCUAAUUAAGUUAUGUAAUGGUUUCACUGAUAAUGCUAUGAGAUGGUAUCACUAACAAUCGUAUGUGAUAGUGUUUCUAAUAAUGUCAUAUUAUGGUAUUCCUGGCGAUAUUAUGUGAUGAUGUACCUAAUGGUAUAUUAGUGCAUUUCUGGGGACGGUAUGUUGUGGUAUUCCCAGUGAGAUUCCGUAAUAGUUAUGUUAUACGUACAUGGCUUUCCUAACGUUGUGUGAUCGUGUCCUCAUGGAUGAUGAAUAUCAAUACCCCAUGUCCAAUGGUAAUGUCUGAUGAUUGCGUGUUGAAGUAAUUCGGAAAUGAGAAUGAGAAUGUCUUGUAAAGGUGACCCCAGUGAUAUUAUGUGAGAAAGUAUUAACCUCUUGUCAUUCAAUUUGCCCUGUAUUUAGUGAUUGUGUAUAAACUCCUAGGUUUAAGUCAUGCUGGUUUUGUUGUUGGUGAGUUUAUCUGAUCAAGUUUUUGGUUAUGAUCCUUCGGAUUUGGGUAUGUUUUCUCAAGUGAUCCUUUUCCCAGUAGUGAUGGCUCUAAUAUAUAUUUCUCCUCUAUCUCGGCACUCUAUGUUUAUUGGCUAAUCAUGGUAGUUUUAAAUGUAUUUUUUUCUUUGUACAUGACUUUUUUUCGCUGUGAUAACGAUGCGAUAAUAAUGUGACGUCAUAACUUCAACUAAUUGCGAUUGGUUGACUCGAAAUGAGACUAAUGCCUUGAAAUUGGCACGUAAUUGACUAAUAUUCCUAUAUGGUGUAGAACAUAAGAAAGUUCAGAAAUCUGCGUCCAUGAUAUGGGGAGUCUAUAUUGAGACCCUAACGAUUCUUUCACUGUUUUCAGUGUUGACAACGGGGUUCCAUAUGCGCGCCUUGAGAUUGCGAGUAUUAUUUGUCGCUUUAUUAACACGCAAUGUAAACAAAAAAAAGUAGACGUGUUUUUUUUUUAUAUGUAAUAACGUAACUCAAAUAAGUUGGCUCAAUUCGUAUUGGAAUUACGCAAUACUCCUUUUACGCAAUCUAUUUACGAAUCAAUUUUUUGUCUGAAUCGAGAGCUAGAUGUAGUUAAAUUUCCUAAAACCAUGUCCUAUUCACGUUUCUGUUUUUAGCAUCCUGGUGAUACAUGCCUUCCGGACGACUUACGGUGAUGCCGAUAAUCUACAUAUAUUGCUUCCUUUUGGUAUAUUUAAUCGCUGUCUUCAUGCUAACUGCUCUUUUCAAACCAGUAAUAGGGAUUCCUCCUCUCCUCUGGUAGUCUUGAUGAUAUAAAAAGUUCUGCUUAGGCUAAUCCAUUGCUGUCAAACUUCCAAAUGCAAAAGUUAAUAGCAAUCUUUAUUGUUUCAUUCUCUUCACUGGUAUGCGCCUGCGCCUACUUGGUGCAGUGGUUAGUAUGACUAGCUACGAAUCCUAAGGCCCGGGUUCAAAUCCCAGUCAGGGCAGUCGGCGUGCAGCCCACCCAGCUGUUCAUCCUUCCUUUCCUGCUGGUCGAAAAAUGAGUACCUGGGGAAACCUGGGGAAGGUAAACAGUGGUAACCCGGAUGUCACACCGGCCCUGAGUAAUGGAGUAAUGGGUUCUCAACAACCACUGGCUCAAGGGCCAACACGACGGAUACGGGCACCGAGGCGACGCGCAGCUUACCGUAUGCCCCCAAUUUAACCUUUUGCCUUCAAGGGUAUACUCUCAAAUAACCUUCCUUCAUAUAUCUUAUCCUACCUAUUUUUUAACUCACUCAAGAGUGGAGUAUUUAUAGACCUCUAUAACUAAAACUGAUAAUAUUGACGGUCCUUAAGGUUAUGAUUUAGGUUUGGUUUCUUUGUUUGUCUCCAAGCAAAAAAUAUGCAAAAAAAUAUUUGUCCUUUUUCUUAUGAAACUUCAUGGACAUAGGGUGAAAAAAAUUCAAUAUAAGUUUGGGAAAACUCAGAUAAAAACUGCCUGCAAGAUGACGAUCAAAGGAUAAGAAAAUCACUCAGUGAUAGAGAACAACGGAAAAAAAAAAUAAUUAUAUAAAUAGAAAAAUAUAUCUGGGCUUUGAAGCCAUACCAUGAGUACAUCUAGGGGUACCGACGCAGUUGGGAGGUAUUCCUGCCCAGGCCAUGAGCACCUACAGCUGAUACAGGAGUGCCUCGGGAGGUCGUACGACCUAAACCAGGUAUUUGGUUUCCUGUUUCCCGAAGGAGCGGGCCAGCCCAAUUUUUUUUCCAAAAGGUGGACCAACAAAUGAUGAGGUUUAAGGAGAUAUCCGGAUCUUAAUAUGGAACCUUUUGAGAGAGGAUCGAUGCUCAGUCAUCGCAGAAGUUUGUGGUCUCCAAAUAUUCUUGUCUUUUUGGGGGGUGAGGGGAAAGGGGGGAACCAACCUGUUGUGGAUUUUUUUUUUUUGUAUGUGUAUCAUAUUGCUUUGCAUUUAACGUGCCUCCUUAAAAAGGAAACUCUGCUACUAUCGUUCCCUCAGACUAUGUGCAAUGAGCUAGAUUAAUGAAGCGUGGCAAAUGACAGUAAUUUCCUUUUCAGACUGUCUUUUUGGGUGUUAUUUCGUUACAGGUCACUCAAAACAAUAGUCUGAACCCUACUGUGAUUACUCACCACCGUCCUGUGACGUCUGACGUACAUGAUAGCCUUCGUAAAUCAAUUAUUAUAAUUUAGUAAUGACCGUCGUGCGUGGUCGUGCUUAAUACCUCCGAUUACCUCGCCGCCAUGUUUGACACCGCCGCUGAUUGGAUAGUUGUUCUUUUUUACCAGUAUUUAUUUCUGUGCUCAUGUCCAAGUUAGGAUACUGAAUGUAGCUACUAUGAUAUUUUUCUAGGGAUGUUAUAUUUAGGGAAGGUGAGGUUAGUUUGAGUAAGAUUAGUUUACAUUUAAUUACGUGGCGACGGGAAUGAAACUACUUUUUUACGGUGAUAGGUUUUUAGAUGUAGGUGAGGUCUGUUUAUGCUACUUAUACAUAAAAGGUUAGGUAAAGUUAAGUUAGGUGGUUUAGGUAAGGUUAGGCUAGGUAGGUUAAGCAAGGUUAGAUUAAAUUAGGUUAGAUUAGUUUAUAUAGUCCUCAAGACUUGAGCAAUGAUGGGUAAAGAAAUAAAUAGCCGAGUUUGUAGUCGAUAAAGAACCUUUCCCUAAUUUUGUUUGGGCGCGAUUUUUAAGCGUCGGGGCUCACUCCUGCCAUGGCUGACUGUGUGCUGGAUGUGACACAGCAGGUGUGCAAUUAUUGUACUUUUUUUUAAGAAGUACUUGAAAAAAACUCCGGUGCCAUAUCGUAUAAUCGACAUAAUGGUGUGCUCUCCAGAGAAGUGUUGUUCAAUACGUGUAACAUCCCAUGUCUCUAAAUGGAGGAUAAGCAUUUAUUGUACUCUGGAUUUUAUACAGCAAUUAAAAGAAUCAAGAGAAGGAAUCGUGCAAGUUUUGUGUGUCUGAUUACAAGGGAAGUUUUUUGGAUAAAGUUCGUCAUGAGCCGCGGAAAAUUUUAUUGUACACCAAUCACUGGUUUGAAAAACAAUGGAACCACGAUAUCGUCAUCAACAAACAAGGUAUCACUCGUGAAACUAGCUUGAACUGGAAGAGCCAUUGUUCAGCGGUGGCAGAGUUGUGGCUUGGUAACCAUAGCCCAUCGGAAGUGACGGUGUCAUCGUGGAAAUUGACGUGACUGUUCGGGAGGAGGAAAUAUGAGGUCACUGAGCAAUAUCUGAGCUUUUGGAGAAACUGAGCGGGUGUCCUAAAACUAUUUGUGGGUCCCCUUCUUGCCCCUCUGGCUGAAAAGAGGGAUUAAAAUUCUCUUAUCCCUCUAAUUAAGAAAUACUUUCGCCCAGGCUCAGUAGUGAUGAGUGACGGCUGGGGUGCGUACCGCACCUUUAGUGAACACAGGUACACGCAUCACUUUGUAAAUCAUUUAGAAAACUUCGCCGAUCCCCAAAAUCCCGCGGUCCACACUCAAAAUACUGAACAUAGCGGAUCAUAAAAUAGUUGGUGGACUGGAAUGCGUGCAGAAUAUUUUAAACAAUAUAUCCUUUGACCGAUAUCUCUUCACCACUUCAAGCGACUCGCGUUUAUCCGCCUUAUGCUGGGCGGUGCGAUGUAGACAAUGCCUCCGAAACUGCUGUCAUGGUUCACGUCGCUUUCACGUGGGCCUCACGCUUGUCCUCACAUUCUUCCACCAGUAAUAAAAAAAAGUACUACAUUAACUAAGUUCCUACGUUUGAGCAUCUCCAUGAAUUAAAUAAUUAUAUUUCUAAUAGGCUUUAAUGUGUUGUAUGUAGUCUGGCUGCCGUGUCUCGUAAACAGUCGUUUCUGAGGAGGGAGAGUCAAAAAAUAGCGAUUUGCGAGGGAAAUGAUUACGAUUUCUUUAAAAAGCUCAUCAAAAUAUAUUAGAAAAUAGCAGCCUCCUCCGUGAAAUCCUUGAGUGACCUUUGUCGCACAUUUAUCUCUUUUUGAAUGCAGGUAGCUCGUGAUUGACGCGACAGUUGCGUUGAUAAAACGACCAUAUAAAGUGUGUUUUACUUAAAUCAUUAAUUAUUUUUGCCCAUCAGAAUACCUGGUAAACCAAGUGGUUCAUUUAAUGUUAUUGUAAUAAAUAUGUGCAAAAAACUGAAAUAUUGUUCUAAUACAAGUGACCGAAAUGUUGAAUGAUUUCCAAUUAAGAAUCUAAUUUAAUUCGUAAUCGGAAAUUAAUCAAUUGCUCUCUCUCUCUCUCUCUCUCUCUCUCUCUCUCUCUCUCUCUCUCUCUCUCUCUCUCUCUCUCUCUCUCUCUCUUACCGAUUAACAGUUCCGUAACCAGAUCCGAAUCUCUCCUAAAAUCUCAUCACUCGUUGGUAGUCAUAAGGUCUACCAUUCAGUAAUUUUUUUAGGCUGGACGAAGUACUCACGAUUUUGUCCGUACCACUUCCCAAGCCGUAAGUGAAAAAAUAAUUAAGCAACACUAUGUUGCUACGGCACAGACUUUAAAAACAUAUUUAUUAUAAGCCUUGUUACUGAAUUUAUUAUCUAGAAGAAAUUGAUUAAUGAAGAAAAGGGAUUUCUACAUAUUCUAGCUGAGUAACAAUAAAAAUAUACGCUUAUAUAUUCAACAUUUUUCUUGAAUUUGGUUAUUUUAUAAUAUUGAUACGUGAAGGUUAUGUUCUAAAAUCUGAUUAUAAUGUUAUUAAUUAUCCAUGUAAAUGUUUUUGUGAGUUGAAUGGCGUUUUUUCCUACCAGGAUAAGAAGGAAAUGGUUUUAAAUUGUAUAAUUUGUUGGUUCAUUUUCAAGUCCAAAAAGGUUACUACACAACAAAUUUGUUUUGACUAGACAUAAUUGUGAUUAAAUCAUAUGAUCUCCGUAUUUCCCGUAUUCAAAAGUGAUUGAUUUUUUUUAAGAACUUAAGAUUAUUAUAUCAUCAUUAAUAAAUUUUGAAAAAUA